ACUGACAGUUGACGAUGAAGCUGGCCAAGACCAUUGUGCUUCUGCUGUGCCUCAUAGGCACGGCGGGAGGCGCAUUGGGAGGAUUUUGCAUCCCGCCACCGAGGUCGGCAGCCAGAACACCACGCUUAGCCACCAGUGUCCUUACUCCUACCACACCACGGCCGUCGCUUGACUGGCGUGCGCGUGGGGCUGUCACGCCGGUCAUGUUCCAGGGACAGAUCGGUUCCUGCUGGGCUAUAUCGUCGGUGGGUGCCAUUGAGGGGCUACACAAGAUCCAAACGGGAAGGCUUGUCAGGCUGUCGAGCCAGCAGAUAUUCGACUGCUCCAACAAAAGUAUGGCCGACUCGGACCUCAAGGCGUUCGACUGGGUUGUCCGCAACGGAGGCGUCGCCUCAGAGGAGACGUACCCGUACGUGGGGCGAGUCCAGGACUGCAAGCGGGAGAAGCUGCAUAUGAUCUCCGCAUCCAUCAGAAGGUACAAGAUGGACAUCCGCGACGAGCUCGACCUCUUGGUCGCCGUCUCUUACAAGCCGGUGUCCGUCAGGAUGUGGCUCGACCCACCAAGCUUCUACAAAUACACUGGGGGCAUCUUCACGGGACCAUGCGGGAAGGAGGCCCAUGGCAUGUUGCUGGUGGGUUAUGGCGCCCUUGCGGACGGCAGAGAAUACUGGAUCUUAAAAAAUUCUUAUGGCGUUCAUUGGGGUGACCAGGGCUACUUCUACGUGAAACGUGGCGCCUACCAUCUGCCAGGCCUCUGCGGCCUUGCUUUUCUGGUUGCAGAACCCGAAUAG